CCCUGUGGUGCGUGAAAUAGCUAAAAAGGUAAAAAAUAUUGGCUUUCCUCUGUUUGCGGAAAUCGGCUCUAACCUAUCUUCCUACAUGUCGGCUAACUGACAUUCUCCGUUCACAUCCCUUUAGCCACCACACCACCUCCGUUUACAUUUUCUAAUUAACUAUUUCCUUUUAUAUUAUUAUUUUCACGAUAUGCUUUUCGGGCCCAACCCAACCCCAUAGCAUCGAGUUUUCUAUUCAUUGUUUUUUUUUAGGUGAUAAAUCGGUAAGGGUUGGGUGGUGAAUGUGUUUGUUUGAUUCAUCAUCAUCAUCAUCAUCAUCAAUUAUGGGUUCCGAGUUAAAUGUUCGUGAUUUAUCAUCUUCUAUUUCGAAGAAUGAUCGUGCUUCUUCUUCUUCUUCCUCUUCUUCCCAUUCCAAACUCCUUACAUUGCCAACCAUUUUAACUCUCGCACGUGUCGCCUCUAUACCUCUUCUCGUUGCCACUUUCUACAUGGAUGGUUGGCAAGGAACCGCGGUUACCACAAUUAUUUUCACCGCCGCAGCCGUUACAGAUUGGCUUGACGGCUAUAUUGCUCGCAAGAUGAAACUAAAAUCUACAUUUGGUGCUUUCUUAGAUCCAGUAGCUGACAAGCUUAUGGUUGCUGCCACAUUGAUCUUAUUGUGUACUAGACCUUUGAAAGUUGUUGCUUUGGCACGAGCGCCGUGGCUCUUGAUUAUACCUUCAAUCACCAUCAUUGGUAGAGAGAUAACCAUGUCAGCACUCAGGGAAUGGGCUGCUUCCCAGGGUAGUAAGGUUUUAGAGGCUGUUGCGGUUAAUAACUUGGGGAAAUGGAAAACAGCCACACAGAUGACGGCAUUAACAAUCCUCCUUGCUACCCGUGACUGCAGUCGCGGAGGACCUGCCAUUUUGGCAGGCUCUGGUGUUUUUUUGCUUUAUAUUGCAGCAGGGCUUGCCAUAUGGUCGUUUGUAGUAUAUAUGAGGAAAAUAUGGAAGGCGUUGCUGAGUGAGUGAUACCAUUGAAGGGAGAUGGAUGCAGUGGUCGUGACAUAUGUUUGUAAUAUUUCCUGUCUGCAUUGUCUAACUCUGCAAAGCACCAUUCAUCCACAUUUAUGAAAAUUGUAUGCACAAUUUUUUCCUUAGUUACUUAAGGUAAAGGAAAGGAAAAGAAAAAAAAGAAGAAAGGAGGCAGAUUAAAUUGGAAGAAAUUACACGGUUGAAGGAUGUUGAAGUAAAUUCUCUAACUAUGGAUCCUUUGAAAGUUUGCCAGCUAGAGACAUUUUCCUACAGAAAUAUUUUAUGGUUGUAGUUGACUCUUGGGUUAUUUUUGUUCUGGCCAUAUACUAUACAGUUGCCUAAUUAAAUACACCAGUUAUUGUUCAAUGUUUGCAAAUGUUCAA